UGCAAAUCACGUCUCGGCUCGAGCCUCUCCAUUGGCCGCCUCUCGCUCAUUUAGCCGGUGUCAGAGCGCGCGGCCCAGGCACGCUCCGGUAACUUUUUUUCCCCCCAUCACAGCUGCGAACCAAAGUAAGCUCGAACAAGCGGUUUCUAUUCUUCUCCGCGCUCGUGGAUGACACGGGGGGAGAGGAAAAAAAAAAAAAAAGGCACGGAGGGGAAGUGUGGAGCAAGUUUACCUCUGACUGGAUUUCAUCCUGAGAACCACGGCACCUUGUCAUCUGUCUUUCUCUCUCUCCUUCUGUUCCAUUCACCCUCUAUCUCUCUCCUCCUCGGAGGUUCAGCUGCGCGCGGGGCCAGCCUGGAUGUUUCCGUGUGUUUGACUGAGCAGUGUUGUCCUACCAAGGCGAGGUGAAUGUACAGCAUCAUGAUGGAGACGGACUUACAUUCCCCCGUGGUCCCCCAGACCAACCCAUCCAACCCGGGGGGACACGCGGGAGGAGGAGGAGGAGGAGGAGGAGGAGGUGGAGGGGGAGGCGGGGGCCCCGGCGGCAAAGUCCCCCAGGACAGAAUCAAGAGACCCAUGAACGCCUUCAUGGUCUGGUCCCGGGGCCAGCGGAGGAAAAUGGCACAGGAGAACCCCAAGAUGCACAACUCCGAGAUCAGCAAGCGGCUGGGCGCGGAGUGGAAGGUGAUGACCGAGGCGGAGAAGAGACCGUUCAUCGACGAGGCGAAGCGGCUCCGGGCCAUGCACAUGAAGGAACACCCGGACUACAAGUACCGGCCGCGGAGGAAGACCAAGACGCUGCUGAAGAAGGACAAAUACUCUCUGGCCGGUGGGCUCCUCGGCUCCACGGGUGUAGGGAUGGGGGGCGGCCAGCGACUUGAGAGUCCCGGAGGGGGCCACGCGGGGGCAAAUGCGGGCUACGCCACGCACGUGAACGGCUGGGCGAACGGCACAUACUCGGGCCAGGUGGCGGCCGCGGCGGCGGCGGCGCACGCGAUGAUGCAGGAGGCGCAGCUGGCGUACACGCAACACCCGGGCACCGGAACUCACCCGCACCACCCUCACCCGCAUCACCACCCGCACCACCACCCGCACAACCCGCAGCCCGUGCACAGGUACGACAUGAGUGCCUUAUCGUACAGCCCCAUCUCGAACUCUCAGAGCUACAUGAGCGCCUCUCCACCGGGCUACGGCGGGAUCACGGGCUACACACACCAGCACCAAAGCUCCGGCGUGUCCCCGGUGUCCGGGGCGAUCGGGGGGACUUUGGGGUCCCUCGUGAAAUCUGAGCCCAGCGUGAGCCCCCCGGUUUCCAGCGCGCGCGCACCGCCGUGCCCCACGGGGGACCUGCGGGACAUGAUCAGCAUGUAUCUGCCGACCGGAGAGGCGGCGGGGGACUCCAGCGUUCACAGAGGACUGCACGUGCUCCACCCGCAGCACUACCAGAGCAGCGGCUCCACUCCGGUAAACGGAACGGUCCCUCUGACUCAUAUUUAAAUCUCUAAAUGUACCAUAGACUCUACAAACCACAACCAAAUAUUUAAAACAAAACAACAAAAAAAAGUUAGAUGUGGGCGCAAGGCUGCUGAAUUGUAAAUUAUAGGCGGUUAUAGCCAUAAAAAAAAUGCAAUCACUUUGAACAAACUUUUGUUGUUGUUUUUUUAAUUUUAUUUUUAUUAUUGUUAUUUUCAUUUUUUUUUUUCCCUUUCAGUGAUGGAUUUUCUGUCUGUCCGAGCUAAAGGAUAAAGGCGCAUCCGAUGUACUUACUUUCGCUCUCUGGGGAACAGAGCAUGCCAAGUUUUGACACGAUUUGAAUUAGUCUAUAAUUCGCAAAAAAAGAAAAAAAAAGAAAAAAAAAAAAGGGCUGGUGCCUUUUUUUUCUGAGGUUAUACAUAUUUUUUUCUCUCCCCUCUCUCUCCUCACUCCUACUGCGGAAAUAAAAUGCACCAGCUGUGUGUUUGAGGGAUCCCUGAAAAAAAAAAAACCUGUUUAGAGAGGGAGGCGUAUAAUAAACCGGAGGGCGGUGUGGAUGAUGUGUUUUAAAAAGAUGAGGGUUUUUUUUUCUUUCUCUCUCUCUGGGAUGCAACUGAAAAUUGAUUUCCAGUUUUUUAAUGCUUGUAAACAUGUGAGUCAGUCGGUGUAAUUUUGAAUUUGUUUUUUCUUUUCCUUUUUUUUUUUUUUUUUUUUUUGUUGAUGUAAAAUCUUGCAAAAUUGCGAAUAAAUAGUCCUACUGGAGAAAAUGCAAUUGUACAUAAUUUACAAAAGAAAAGAGAAAAGAAAAGAAAAAAAAAAACGAGCCCCAUUUUUUUCGGGUUGGAGACGCUCAAUUUAAUUAUUAUUUUUUCCCCAGUAUUAUCUAAAAUCUUGAAAAAUGUUUGUUCGUGGGGUGUUUAUUUCAUGCAGUCACCACUCGUUUUAAAUCGCACCUCCGUUAUCUG